UAAGAUAUGCGUACAAUUUGACGGCCUUUUCUGCGUUCGCUAAAAUUGCGCAAAUUCCAAAAAUGGUGACAAUUAACAGCUAUGGUUGCCGCUCUAAAAAUCUCUUUCACUUUCCCUUGAAUACCUAAAUGAAUGAAUGCUGUGAAAGACUUAACGGCUAUUUACAACCACAUUCUGCUGUUUUCUCACCUCACAGAAUUGAGUUUACCAUGGAAAAUGAAAAUGUAGAAGAAAAAGCUGUAUAUUUCUUCAAAGUGAUGCUGGGAGACUUUGCUUACAAACUGCGUAUUCCUCCAGCAUUUGUUAAAAAUCUCAUAACCCAGAUUGGCAAAAAUAUUAUUUUGCAAGGCCCAAAUGGGCAAGGAUGGUUUGUAACAUUAUGGGGUACAAGUACGCAACUGGAAUUUAGGCAGGGCUGGGAAAAAUUCGUGUAUGAUCAUACAAUAGAGUUGGGAGAUUUUCUGGUGUUUAAGUAUAUCUGUAGGUCUUAUUUCAGAGUUAUAAUAUUUGGGAGAAGUGGGUGCGAGAAAAAUGGCAGUGUCUUUCAUAGCCCGUUGCCAACUGUUUGGGAUUAUGUUGGGGGAAAGAAUGAUCAUGCAGAAGCAAUGGCCGAACAGGGCAAGAAAGCCAAUUCCUCUGCUCGUGCUUGUGGCCGUCUUUCAAAGAGCUCUGCCUACCGCCAAUGGAAGUCAUCUCCUGCCGGAAAGAAGUCUCAAACAGCGAAAUCUGUAGGGAUUGAGACCAAAGAAAAGAGCUAUCAAGGAUCUUAUUAUGUUUCAUGUAGACGUCAUGUUAGUGAAGCAGAAAGGAACAAGGCUCUCAAAGCUGCUAACUCUUUCACAUCAGAUAAACCCUUCUCAUUAAUCAUCAUGAAACCAUCUCAAGUAUAUCAAGGGUUUUGGCUUGGUAUUUCAAAAGCAUGCAGAGCUAAUCUCCAAUUACCAACAACUAAAAAAAUAGAAGUGACUUUGGUGGAUCCCAACCAUAAGGAAUGGUCAGUUCAGUAUUUGGGAAACGAUAACCCUGGCAUGAGUGGGGGUUGGAAAUCUUUUUCCCUUGCCAAUAAUCUAGAGGAAGGAGACAUUUGUGUUUUUGAAAGGGUGGACAAUAACAUAAAUAAAUUUAAAUUGGCAGUCCAUAUUUUUAGGGUUGUAAAUACUUGUACUCCUUACAAGAGGAUGGAAGGCACAGGAAAGCCUGGUAACAUUGCAUUAUCUUCAAGCCCUGCUAAGAAGAAAAUGAAAGGAAAUACUGUAUCGAGGAAAGAUCUUGCCAUCAAUUUGUCAGGAAAAGCAUUCAUACCAAAACAAGGAAAAAUUGCAGAACGGGGGUUCGAGCAAGUGCAGGUGAAGAAAGAGCUGGGUGCAAGCAAUUCUAUUAAACCUAAAAAAUGCAUGUCUGCUAUUUAUGAUAAGAAACCAGGUUCUAGGCGUUGUGCAAGAUUUAACCGAGCAAACAGUUUGGCGGAGUUUCCAAAGAAAGAGAUAUGUUCUGAAGCAUAUAGAGAUGGACAAAAAUCAAUUAGUGGAGAUGAAGUGGAACUGCCAAGAAAGAUUAUUUCUUUAGAUGAUGAGAAUGAGAAUGUUGAACAAGAUGACUUGAUAAUUAUUUCAGACUAGCAAUAAUGCAACUUAUGUAAUGGUUCCCACCAGUGGGGGGAUGUUAUCCUAUCUCAAGAGUCUAGUCAUCAACGACAUUCAAUGACAAAAUCCAUAAAAGUUGAAGCAAAUUGGGAUAUUGUUUUAGGAAUGAGUGAUAAGACUGGAUCCCAAUAUAAUUUCAUCACAAGUUCAAGUGAAUAACAAUCCCAGGCAAAAAUUUUGAUGACAUUGUCACUAGAAGUACCCCAUUAGAUUUCAUUGAAACAAAUGCAGAACAGAACUUCGUUCCAUCUUCAAAAUGAGAUGGUGGUUUUUGGUCACCUGAGCUUAAAUGAAAGAAGUAACUGAUAGGCUGGGGUAUGAGUUGCAGUGGUACUAUAUGUGGAAGAGUUUUUUUGUAGAAAAUAAAAAUAUGAUGUUGUUUAAAUAGAGGAAAAUGAAUUAUGUAGCAUAGCAAGUAAAUUAUGGAAGACGGCCCCAUUUAUCUGAAGCGAUAGACUUCCAUGCAUCAUAUAUUUAUUUAAGAACAGGACAAUGGAUUGUGUAAUUCAGGAAAUCAAAAAGGAAAGACAGGUCCUUUCAAAUCUGAAUUCAUAGA